AUGUUUGCUUCUAUGACAAUAAAGCUUCAAUCUUUGACACACCACCCUCGAUUCCUCAAGUGGGUUUAUAUAUCUUCAACCAGUAUUCAACCUAUUUCACAAACCAUUGAAAUUGUAAACCCCAAUUAUGAUUUCGACCAAAAUAUUAACUUUUUGAAGAAUAAGCUUGCCCCGGAUAAUUUAAUCCAAGUUUUGAACCGUACAAGUGAUUUAAACUCAGCAGUGAAGAUUUUCAAAUGGGCUUCGAUACAGAAGAGUUUCCACCACACCUCUAAUACAUAUUUUGAGAUCAUUAUGAAACUGGGUUUAGCUGGGAAUGUUCUAGAGAUGGAGGAUUUUUGUCAUAACAUGGUGAAGAACAAGUUUCCAGGUGCUGAAGUAGCUCUUGUAUCAUUGAUUCAUAGGUUUGUGGAGCAUGGUAGAAUUAAAGAAGCGAUGAUAGUCUUAGCGAAUAUGAAUUCGGGGGGUUAUAAGCCCCCAAUUGAGGUUUUUAAUGGUUUGUUAUGUGCUAUUGUGCAACAAGAAAGUAGAGAUUUUCAGAAUGCUUUGUUUGUUUAUAAAGAGAUGGUGAAGGCGGGAGUGUUGCCUACGGUCGACACUUUGAAUUAUUUGUUGGAGAUAUUGUUUAGAAUUGACCGGGUUGAUCUUGCUUUGGAUCAAUUUAGAAGAAUGAACAAUAAAGGAUGCAGUCCAAAUAGUAAGACCUUUGAGAUACUUGUAAAGGGUCUCAUAAAAAAUGGUCGCGUGGAUGAAGCCAUUACUGUUUUAGAGCAAAUGCUCGAACUUGAAUGUCAACCGGAUUUGAGCUUUUAUUCCUCCACCAUACCUCUCUUUUGCAGGGAAAAUAAAGUAGAGGAGGGAGUGAAGUUGUGUAGAAGGAUGAAAGAUUCUGAUCUUGUGCCGGAUUCGUUUGUUUAUGAGGCUCUAAUACAGUGCUCGUGCGAAAACUUGCAGAUGGAUUCCGCAGUAUACCUCAUAAAUGAAAUGGUAGGAAGUGGUAUACAACCAAAUGAAAAUGUUUUUGUUUAUAUGAUAAAUUGCUAUUGUGAAUUGGGGAAGAUAGAUGAGGCUAUAGUGUUUUUAGAGGAUAAGCAAGUUAACGAAACUGCUCCUUUCAAUGCAUUGCUCGAAGGUUGCUGCGAUGCUGGUAAAAUUCAGGUAGCUAAUGUUCUGCUGGAAACAAUGUCGGAGAGAUAUGUAGCUGAUUGUUUAUCUUGGAACAUUCUCAUUAGAUGGCUUUGUGAGAAUGAUGAGACUCAGAGAGCAUAUGCACUUCUUGGCAGAAUGACCAAAUUCUCAGUUGUUCUUGACUCUGCAACAUAUUCAGCUCUUGUGGUUGGCAACUGUAGAUUGAGAAAGUAUGAUGAAGCAAUGGAACUAUUUCGUCAAGUUUCUGCAAGAUAUUGGAGUUUAGAUGUCGUCUCUUAUUCUGAACUAGUAGACAGCCUAUGUGAGAUCAACCGUUCUCAACACGCCAUUGAAGUGUUUUACUAUAUGUCAACGAAGCAAUGCUCUCUUCAUUCCUUCUCCUUCAACAAGUUGAUAAAAUGUGUAUGUGACUCGGGACAGGUCAACAUAGCUGUAAAACUAUGGCAAUUAGCUUAUUAUUGUGGUAUUUCUUGCUGUAAUGUCACACAAACUACUCUCUUGCUCGAGUUGUCUAAAUUAGAUAACGCAAAAAAUCUGUUAGCGUUCCUCUCACAAAUGUUGAUUGUUGGAGGUAAUCUUGACACAGAAGCAUAUUGUAUCCUUAUCCGUGGCAUGAUUAAACAAAAUCUAGUAAAGGAAUGUGUUUUGUUUUUCGAUAUGAUGGUCAAUGAUGGUUUGAUACCUGAUCCAGACGAACUAUUUGAUCAACUUUCGUUCAUAGCAAAUCAUUCUCGGUUAUCUAUGAUUCCUAGUGCCAUUGAAAAAAUUUCUGACAGCAAAAAAUUGAGUUCAGCGGUAUAUAACUUACUGAUAAGUAGCUUGUGGAAAGAGGGUAAGGAACAUGAGGCACGGGGAUUACUUGAUAUGAUGCUAAAAAAGGGUUGGCUUCCUGAUACAACCACUCAUAAAUUAUUGAUUGGAUCUGAUGUUAGAGAAGGAAGAAGCCAAGCAACAUUGUUGUUUGAUGAUUCUGAUUCUGUUAGCGAUAUACUUGCAGAAGGCCUUGGAGAUUCAUGA